AUGUGGCUCGGCACGUUCUGCACCGCCGAGGAGGCCGCCAGAGCCUACGACGCCGCGGCCGUCAAGCUGUACGGCUCGGCGGCCAAGCCCAACUUCAGGCAGUCACCCAUGGCCACCGCCGCUGGUGACGGCGUCGCAUCGCACCUCUCCUGCGCCACAGCCGAGCCGUCCUCGCCGACACUAGGGGGCAGGUACGGGGCGGAGAUCAAGCACCGCAAGAUUCUGCGGCAGCUCGGCACCUUCGACACCGCCGAGGACGCCGCCAGAGCGUACGACGCCGCGGCCGUCGAGCUGCACUGCGCGAGGGCUGUUACCAACUUCAAGGCGGGCGGCGGCGUCUCCGAGCCGUCCGGCGAAGCGGCGGGGAGCGUGAAGAUGAAGGUGGAGGAGCCAGGCGCGAGGACCGAGCUCCAAGGCGUGCACGGGCAACUGGGCGGCGAGUGCAGUGCGCAGACAUGGGACUCCAAGGACUUUGACCUCCUCGACGACUUGACGGAGCUGCCGGCGCUCGACUUCUCGGACAGCCUGAUCCCAGGCCCGCUGCUCGCCGGUCUGCGGACCGACCUGCCGGCGGCGGAGCGGCAGCUGGUGGACGAGUUCAUCAAGGACAUGAACUUCACCGACGUGGGGAAUUAG